CGCUUAUAUUUAAUGUAACUUUCGGAACCUUCUCUCUUUUAACCAAUUACAAAAAUACUUGCGGAAAUAACUUCUUUCUUUCCUUCUUAAUUCGAAUUACACCAUUCUAGCCGAAAUAAUAUCUAACCCGAUGAUUAUUGCCCCAUAAUAGUGUAUUUGAAUACGUCUCUGAUUUGCCAAAUACACGUUCUAAAUUAAUAAAUAUCUAACUAAAAAAGGGGACUGAAAUGGUAUGUAGGCAACAUUUCGUUAAAUGUCAUCAUCACGUUCAACGAUUGUCAAAAGUUGUCCAUCAACUUUCUAAAAAAUAAAUAAAAUGAAGCAACUUUCUAUUGUAUCUAAUGUAUAACUCUGUAAUUACUAACCUUAUUUAGAUUAAGUAAAGAACAAAAUGAAAUCUAAACUAAUGUUAAUUGAUAAGAUACUUCCACAUUAUAUCGAUAAAAGCAGUGUAUUACGAAACCUGAAAAAUGUAACUAUUUCUUAUAAACACGCUGAAAGUAAUUAUGCAAUCCACAUCAAUAAAUCUGGAUCCAACUUGGACGACACUGGACAAAAUCAAAGCACUAAUGAUCUGUCUUUUAACGUAGAGAAAACAUCUUUUAUGAAGACUAUACUAGAAAACAUAAAAUCACCUUUGCCAAGACCACUUGCAACACCAAAGAAAAUAGUUAUAGACUUCAGUUCACCAAAUAUAGCCAAGCCAUUUCAUGCAGGGCACUUGAGAUCAACAAUCAUAGGAAACUUUAUUGCCAAUAUCAAUACAUAUUUUGACAAUAAUGUCACUCGACUUAACUAUUUGGGCGACUGGGGUACACAAUUUGGGCUCCUGCAGUAUGGAUUAAAAUCAAAGAAUAUUAAUGUAAAGGACUUAGAAAAUGAUCCAAUUAGAAUCCUGUAUGAUGUUUAUGUGUAUGCAAAUAAAUUAGCUGCAAAUGAUGCCAAUGUUCAAGAAGAGGCUAGAAAGUUCUUUUCAGAUAUAGAACAAGGUAGAAUGAGCUUAGAAAACUGGAAAAAUAUUCGAGAAGUCACUGUACAUGAGUUAGAGAAAGUGUAUCAAAGGUUAGGAAUACAAUUUGAUACAUACCACUGGGAAUCAGAUUAUAAUGGUGGAGCUAUUAAACCUAUUAUGGAUUUGUUGGAAAAGCAAAAUAUAAUCAAAAUUGAUGAUUCUGGAAAGAAAAUAGCAAAAGUAAAUAAUAGAGAUGUGACUGUAUUGAAAAGUGAUAAUUCAACACUAUAUUUGGCGAGAGAUGUUGCAGCUUUAUUGGAUAGAUAUAAGAAAUAUGAGUUUGACAAAAUGUUGUAUGUAGUUGACAAUGCCCAAACUGAUCAUUUUAAUGCAGUCUUUGAAAUUGUUAAACAAAUUGACCAGAAAUGUACAGAAGGUUGUGAACACAUCAAAUUUGGCAGGCUGAAAGGAAUGAGUACAAGAACUGGAAAUGUUGUAUUUCUGAAUGACAUAUUGGAUGAAGCUAAAAGAAAAAUGCAUGACAAACAGGCUUUAUCAAAAAAUACUAGAACCGGAGCAAUGAAUGAAGAAACAUGCGACAUCUUGGGUACCUCGGCUGUCCUAAUUAAUGAUUUGAAGCAGAAAAGGCUAAAAGACUAUACAUUUAGUUGGGAAAAAACUCUUCAAACUGAAGGAGACAGUGCUAUCAAAUUACAGUAUCUUCACUGUCGUCUUUGGAGUCUAGAACAAAACUGUGGUGUAUCAUUACCAGACUCAUGUGAAGCAGAGUGCCUAUCUGAAGAAGUAAUAGGAGAUGUAAUAGCAGAAUUAGCUAAAUUCGAAAAUACCCUUCAGAAAUCUUUAGAAGAAUAUGAAGCUUGUAUUCUUGUUAAUUACUUAUUCCGUCUCACAAGACAUGUGAAUAGAAUGUUUAACGAAGUAAGGGUAAAAGAUGUGAACUCAGAUUUAGCAGCCCAACGAUUACUUGUUUUCUAUUGUUCUAGAAUAGUUCUUAAAACUGCCUUGCAGAUUUUAGGUAUAAGACCUUUGAAAGAAAUGUAACUAGAAACGAAACUUUAAAUAUAUCAAUUUUAUUGGCAUUAAACUGUCAAACACCAAGCGGUCACCGGUGACCGCAACCUAUUGUUCCAUAAUUGUGUCUGUAUUGAUGGUACUCAACGAGUAAUAAUAUUUUUUAUAAGUUCCCUGGUUAUAAUGAUUCAUAACUGACCUAUCUCGAAAUCCUUGAAGGAGGCUUAUGUUCAGUAGAGUCUUGUUCUUGUUGCUGUUAUGAUGAUGAUAGUAAAAUAGCCAAAACUAACAAAAAAAUAAAAUAGCUGGGUACAAUAAA